CUCUACCUCUCUCUCUGCCGCUGUCUCUCCCUCUCCCUGUCCCUCUCCCCCUCCCUCCCCCUCUCCCUCUGCCUCUCCCUCUCUCUGCCUUCAGAGAGCGAGCGAGUCGUUAAUACCUUGUGUUGCAAAACCAAAAUCCCGCUUCCCGGUGGAAACCUCUUGGGACUACAAGCGUUUGAAACUUGGGAGAGCCAUUUUCGCUGGAGUUUCCACCCACCCCAAUGACUUGCUUGGAAGCGGCGGACGAUGUGAAUUCAAUGCAGAAUGAACGGGGUCCUCAGCGAGAGCCGGGGGCGUCGGAAAGCGACCGGGACCGAGACGGGGACCGCAUCUCGGCGGCCAUGGCUGAUUUACAGAAGACAGGAUGGUACUGGGGAGCUCUUAAUGCGAAUGAAGCGAACGAGAAGCUAAAGGAGGCGGCUGAAGGCACCUUCCUGGUGAGGGACAGCUCACACCGCGAUUACAUUCUCACCAUCUCUGUAAAGACGGUUUGGGGACCGACCAGCCUGAGGAUCGAAUACCAAGACGGCAAGUUCAGACUGGACUCGGUGAUUCUUGCACGACCAAAGCUGCAGCGGUUUGACAGCGUGGUGGACAUGGUGGAGUACUAUGUGAUCCUGUGUCGGAUGAUACAGAACGCUCAGCGUCCUGCUCUGCAAAGCGGCGGUGUCCAGCUGCAACUGACCAGACCGCUGUACAGUCACACGCCAACACUGCAACACUUCUGCCGCAUUAAUAUCCAUAGAGCAACCAGAAGGACUCACGAACUUCCUCUCCCCACCAGACUCAAGAAGUACUUGUUGGAAUACAAGUAUCAGGUUUAAAACUCUUUUCAAUGGGGAAGGGAGCGCAGGUGAGAAAUUCUGUUCAGUACCUUCCCCAGCCAGGAACUUUGCCCAACAUGUUUCCCUUUGAAUGUUUUUUUAAAUAGAAUAUUAUCUAAUCUUUUCACCUCAGUGUCUCCAUACCCUGCUGUUCUGCUCCUUCUUUAAUUGGAAUGGGAUAUUCAGGUAUUGCAGCAGCAAAAUGGAUUCAUUUAUCUGAAGACGUGUCUCGGCCCAAAACGUCACCUAUUCCUUUUCUCCAGAGAUGCUGCCUGACCCAUUGAGUUACUCCAGCUUUUUGUGUCUGUCUUUGGUUUAAACCAGCAUCUACAGUUCCUACCUGCACAUAUUCAUCAUUUGGUUCCUGAAUUGGUCUGACCUGAAGCAAUCUAACCUUGGAAAGGCCUCCAGAAAUCAAUAUUUAACAGUGUUACCCUUGGAGUUGACUUUCAUAGUGUUCAUACAGUGUGGAAACAGGCCCUUCAGCCUAACUUGCCCACAUCCAUCAACAUGUCCCAUCUACACUAGUCCCACUUGCCUGUGUUUGCCGCAUAUCCGUCUAAACCUGUCCUAUCCAUGUACCUGUCUAACCUUUCUUAAACAUUGCAAUAGUACUUGCCUCAACUACCUCCUCUGGGAGCUCAUUCCAUACACCCACCCCCUUUGUGUAAAAAAAAUUAUCCCUCAGGUUCCUAUUAAAUCUUUCCCCCUCACCUUAAACCUAUGUCCUCCAGUUCUGGGCAAGAGACUCUCUGCGUCCACCUGAUCUAUUCCUCUCAUGAUUUUGCACAUGAUUUCUCUUCAAUUUUUAUUGUGCAAAAUAUUUUGAUUGGUUAGAAUAAUGAACUAAUCUGCAAAUACACCUUACAAUCACAAUUAAUCACAUUAAAUCAAUACACUUCAUUUGUAUUGCUAUUUAUUUAUGGAACUACUAUUCUUCUUCAGUCCACCGUCCAUUAUGUUGAAUAAAGAUACAAAGGGCUGGAGUAAUUCAGCGGGUCAGGCAGUGCCUCAAGAGAACAUGGAUAGGUGACAUUUUGGGUUGGGACCCUUCUUCAGACUCGCCUAUCCAUGAUCUCCAGAGGUGCUGUCUGACCCGCUGCAUUUUGUGUCUUUGUUUGGUAUAAAGUGGCAUCUGCAGUAAGUUCCUUGUUAUUAUAUUCCGUUAUAUUGAUGGCUGUUUGCCUAUAUUGCCAUUUGCUCCUUGCUGUUGUUGAUGGGUCUUUGCUGCUGGGUUCCAGCUACCUUUAACUCCUUCACCUGUGUGGAGUGUGAAACACUGUCAAAUAAUGCUUCUGAUUACAACUUGUUGCAAGAGAUUGGGGAGAAAUAUUGCAAUAAAAAUAUAUAUAUUUCUGUAGUCUUAAUUAAAUGUUUUGCA